ACCUCGGUCGCCAAGCCCGGGCCAGCUAGCCGCGCCCAGGCCAGCUCGCCGCGCAGGCGCAGUGGGCCGGACUCGCCAUGCCGACUGUCAGCCUGAAGCGGGAUUUGCUCUUCCGAGCCCUGGGCCGGACCUACACUGACGAAGAAUUUGAUGAACUAUGUUUUGAAUUUGGCCUGGAACUUGAUGAAAUUACAUCUGAGAAGGAAAUUAUAAGUAAGGAACAAGGUAAUGAAAAGGCACAGGGGGCCUCUGAUGUUGUUCUCUACAAAAUUGAUGUCCCUGCCAAUAGAUAUGAUCUCCUAUGUCUGGAAGGAUUGGUUCGAGGACUUCAGGUCUUCAAAGAAAGGAUAAAGGCUCCAGUGUAUAAACGGGUAAUGCCUAAUGGAGAAAUCCAGAAAUUGAUCAUCACAGAAGAGACAGCUAAAAUACGCCCGUACGCUGUUGCAGCGGUUCUCCGAAACAUAAAGUUUACUAAAGAUCGAUAUGACAGCUUCAUUGAACUUCAGGAGAAGUUACAUCAGAACAUUUGCAGGAAAAGAGCCUUGGUUGCUAUUGGUACCCAUGACUUGGACACUUUGUCAGGCCCAUUUACUUAUACUGCGAAGAAACCUUCCGAUAUCAAAUUCAAGCCUCUAAAUAAGACCAAGGAGUAUACAGCCUGUGAACUGAUGAACAUAUACAAGACUGACAACCACCUUAAACAUUAUUUACAUAUAAUUGAAAAUAAACCUCUGUAUCCGGUUAUCUAUGAUAGCAACGGUGUCGUCCUUUCAAUGCCUCCAGUCAUCAAUGGAAAUCAUUCCAAAAUAACAGUAAAUACUAGAAAUAUAUUUAUUGAAUGCACAGGGACUGACUUUACUAAGGCAAAAAUAGUUCUUGAUAUCAUUGUUACCACGUUCAGUGAAUAUUGUGAGAAUCAAUUUACGGUUGAAGCAGCUGAGGUAGUUUUUCCUAAUGGAAAAUUACAUACCUUUCCAGAACUGGCUUAUCGAAAGGAGAUGGUGAGAGCUGAUCUAAUUAACAAAAAAGUUGGGAUCAGAGAAACUCCAGAAAAUCUUGCCAAGCUUCUGACCAGGAUGUGUUUAAAGUCAGAAGUCAUAGGCGAUGGGAAUCAGAUUGAAAUUGAAAUCCCUCCGACCAGAGCUGACAUUAUCCACGCCUGUGAUAUCAUAGAAGAUGCAGCUAUUGCUUAUGGAUAUAACAACAUUCAGAUGACUCUCCCGAAAACAUACACCAUAGCUAAUCAAUUUCCCCUAAAUAAACUCACAGAACUCCUGAGACACGACAUGGCAGCUGCUGGAUUCACUGAGGCACUUACCUUUGCUCUGUGCUCCCAAGAAGAUAUUGCUGAUAAACUGGGUUUGCAUAUCUCUGCAACAAAGGCAGUCCUCAUAAGUAAUCCUAAAACAGCUGAAUUUCAGGUGGCACGCACUACCCUUCUUCCUGGCCUCCUAAAGACCAUAGCUGCGAAUCGGAAGAUGCCCCUUCCUCUGAAACUGUUUGAAAUCUCUGACAUUGUAAUACAAGAUUCUAGCAGAGAUGUAGGUGCAAGAAACUACAGGCAUCUCUGUGCUGUUUAUUACAACAAGAAUCCUGGGUUUGAGAUAAUCCAUGGGCUUCUGGACAGAAUCAUGCAGCUACUUGAUGUGCCUCCUGGCGAAAAGAAGGGAGGAUAUGUGAUCAAAGCAUCAGAAGGCCCUGCAUUCUUCCCCGGGCGAUGUGCUGAGAUCUUUGCCCGGGGUCAGAGCAUCGGGAAGCUGGGGGUCCUUCAUCCUGAUGUUAUCACCAAAUUCGAGCUGACCAUGCCCUGCUCCUGCGUGGAAAUCAACAUUGAGCCGUUUUUGUAAAGACGGGUCUCUGUCGUGUGGUUCUCGCCCCGAGGGUCCCUCUCUCCUCCUAGGUGCCCUUUAGUUGUCCCCACAGUAAGUCAGUCCACUUGUGCUUGUGCAUGAAUGUUGAAUAAAGUAGAAAGCAGUGUCUGGCUCCGUGGGUGGUACUGGCAUCCCCGCGUCAGGCCAGCUUGUACUGCACAAACGCGGCAUCUGCUUGAAGCUGCCUUGUCCAUGAGAGCCCAGUGGGGGGCCAGGAGCUGUUCUGAGAAACAGAGAAGCUCUCCACACAUCAGAGCCUCUCACCGUCACCACCACGUCUGCAGGACAGAAUCCUGUUCUUUUCCCUGAUGAAACGAGAUAGAUAGCUGAUUAGAGCACACGUACGAGGUUAACUAAGAAUUUUUAGUUCUUAUUUUCUACAUUUGAUGCAUGUUCAUCACUGGGAAACAAUAACAGCAUUUUUAGAAAACUUUUAAGAAUUAGUGAUGGUCUAUUAGUUAACAGCCUUUGAAGUCAUCUUAAAGUGAAAGAAAAAUGCACACGUAUUCAAAAUAUUUGAGGGUGCGUCGGUAUUGGCUACUCUGUCUGUGAUACUCAGAGAUGGGGUUUGUGGACACACAGCAGAUUCAUUCAGCUAGAAGAGUUAAAAGGGACACACUGGUACCAGUGCACUAUGAACAUUAGGAAACAGUGAAAAACUUACUUUUGCCCUAGGCCAUAUAUUUUAUUGUUGUCAGUGUUAUAAAACCAUGGUUUUAAAUAAUUAAUAGAGCUACUAGUUUCUGUCUUAUUUUACAGGGAGGUAUUAGGUCUCUCCUUCUCUGAAGCUAAGCUUCUGCCAGUCUGCCUUGUCUUAACCUCCUAAUUUACUUUAAUACUUUGAUCUAGAAUCCUCCAGUAGGUACCAUGUAUUGAAAAAAGCUGGGUGUAAUGUUUGUUUGAGAAAAGUUCUCAGUUACUGUUGAGAUGUUAUGAAACACAAUAAAUUGUAAAACUUCAAAGUAAGUCCCCAUAGAAAUAGCUAAUAAGGAUAGACAAGAAUUAUGUUUAUGGAGCUUUUGCUGCACCUAAUACUAAGACUAUAUUACUACCUUGAAUCAGGGCAGCAAUGUCCAGCUUAGCAAGAUUUGUGAACGUACAGACUGCCAUCUCUUCCUUCCCAAUCCCGUUGUAAGCUGAGCCUUACAUUUUAUAAUGAAGUGAGAUACGCCCAUUAAAAAUAAUGCUUGUCAAAAGGUUUGUGUCCAGCAUUCAUAAAGAUUUCUUAUAACUUAAGACAACCCAGUUUUUAAAAAAUGGACAAAAGAUGUGAACAGACAUUUCCCAAAAGAAGAUAAAUGAAAUAAGCACAUGAAAAGGUGCUCAACAUCAUUAGUCAUCAGGGAAAUGCAAAUAAAAAAAUAAACACGAAUUAAAAUGGCUAAAAUUAAAAAGACUGACUAUACCAAGUGUUGGUGAGACUGGAACUUUCAUGUGUGGCUGGUGGGAAUGUAAAGUGAUAUGGCCACUUUGGAAAAUAGUUUUGCAAUAUGUUAAAUCAUGAAACAUACAUCUGCCAUCUAGCCAUUCUACUCCCAGGUUUACUCUAUUCAUAUGGCCAUACAAAGAUUUUUAUGCAAAUGUUCACAGCAGCGUUAUUCAAACAGAUGAAUGGGUAAACAAAUUAUAGUAUAUCUAUACUAUGGAAUGCUUCUCAGCCAAAAAAAAAAAAAACUACUGACACUCGAAACAACAUGAAUGAAUCUCAAAACACUACACUAAGAAGCCAGACACAAGACUACAAGUGAUGCCAUUUAUAUGAAGUUCUAGAAAAGUCAAAGGCAGAUUGAUUGGCUAGAGCCUGUGGAAGGGAAAUUGACUGCAGAGAGUUAAGAGGAAACUCUUUGGGGUGAUGGCAAUAUCUAUACCUUAAUUCAGGAGGUAGUUAAGAUGUAGGUUACACCUCAGUAAAGCUGGGAGAGAAAAAUUAAUGCAACAUGUUGUAUUUUAAUACGAACACCAGCAGAUGCACACAUAGGGUAAAAGAGCAUGAAUUUUAGAAUCGGCAUGUCUGCUCAUGAUGGCUUACUGGUCCACUACCAUUAGUGAGACAUUCUCCCCUAGUUUCAAGUUCGCUAUGAUUGAAAUCAGGGUUUGUGAGUCAUGUGAUAGCCGUUGUUGAGGUGGGUGGAGCCAUUAGUUCUGUUAGCAGCCAGCCACCUGGAUGAUUUUUGGAUGGUCAGAAACAACUUGUAAUGAAAAACCCAGUGAUACCUAACUGUAUAUCCCAGCCUGAAAGGGGAAAGAUCAACAACUCCAUCCAUCAUGUGGAGGUUUCUGCCCUCUAAAGCAGGAAACAGCAGGAAGAAUAACAGUAUCGGGUACAUGAGAAGAAGGAGAAACGAACCUUCGGCUUGAGUGGAGGCUGCACAGCCAGAUCGUCUUACACUCGUCCCCGUGAGGCAUUUGAACUGGAGCCAGAGCAGUCUGUGGGCACUGCCUGCCAGAAAGCUUUUACUGGAGAAGACACACCUAUGUAGUAAAAACUGGGAGCCCUCGUAUUAAAAGAGAAAUUAGAUAUAAUUGAUUCCUGUUCUAGCUUACAGAUAACUUCUACAGCCUGACAUUCCUGCAUUACUCUUCAGUUUAUAAAGUAUUUUCACAUGUGA